AUGAAUGAAAAAAAAUUAAAAGUUACAAUUGAACUCGACGAUUUUAUCGUUUCAGAUUGUCAAGGAGUAACAUUUAUCGGAGUAGUUGAGAAGCAGAUGAUACAAGAAAAUUGUUUAUUAAUUAAAUGUCAUGGCGAAUGCUUCGUUGACAGUACCACUGAGCUCUCUGAAGGUGUCUCAGUUAAAAUUACUCGAGCUAUACAGAGCGAAUGCAAUGAUGAUGGUGAGUUGAUGUUGGCGGUAGUGUUGGCGGUGUUGGUGGUGAAUUUUACUCUUAAUGGUAUCGAAUCAACAAAUACAUCAUCACCAUCAUCAUCAUCAUCAUCAUCAUCAUCAAAAGCUGUCGAUAUAUUCACUAGCAGUGCCAUUUGUCCGGGUAGCUUAGAGAUUGGUAUACACGGCCGUAUGAUUUCACCUAUAAAGAAUGAACAUCGAAGUUUUAAGGCUUGA